GUGUGUGUAUGUGUGUUUUUUGGCUCACUCAUUUCUCGUAUCACAGGAAUAAACUGCAUUUUUCCACCGCAGUCGGUUGUCAAGGCAACUACAAAUGCCACUUCUUUUUACAAUUACCGGACUUACUUCAUUAUCUUCCUAAAAGUAUGGGAUCAAAAUUACCAUGUCCCUAAUUUAUAGGGUGAAAAGUGCAAUUUUGCCAAAAAUAAGAGAAGAAAUCGAAAGAAAUUGGACCUAAUCUGAAACCGCUAAAAAAAGGAAAAAAAGAACCCAUAUUUCGAGCCCGUGGGUUUUUGACUCUUCAGGAAAAGGUUUCUGAAAUUUUCUUGAAAACGCUGUGCCAUUUUCCCAUAGUUGUAGUAACACUCUCUGAUAUCCUCUCUCAGUUUUGCUGUUUUACCGCAGAGAAAAUGGCUCUCAAUUUCAAUGCUUCAGCUGUUCACUCGCUUCAGAACCUUCUAUCAGUCCGUAGAACUCAGAGCUGCAUGUUGAGUUGGAAACCAAAUCAAUUAUGUCAAAAUACCCGAAGAGUCUUUUGCAGUAUGAACAUGGCUGCUGAUCAGUCAGGUGAUUCUAGGCAACUAAGUAUAGGCGAUAUUGUGGAAAAGGCAAGAAGAUUGUGGGAUAGUUCGCCUCAGCCAGUAAAGAGCUUCCCUUGGAACAAAACAUUGGACAAUUUCAUUCAACUCAUUGUCGACCUUGUCUUAGCGGUUGUCAAAUACUUAUCUAUACCCCUGUUUACCGUCACUUCAAUCAGUGAAAUGUCUUAUUGUGCACAUGAGAGGAAGCUAUACCUCAUCCCACUUCCAUUUCUAGUUGGUGUUGCUGUUGCUGGGGUGUUAAAAGAUGCUGCUUUGGGAUCGUCCCCAUAUCUUGAGCGUGCAGAAGUGCCCUGGCAUCUAAUUGCUGUUGUAAUAUUCUUCGCAUUGCUCAAGUUCCCUGGUCCUUAUUAUCCAUACUGGGGGCGUAUUUUCAUCCCGCACUUUGCAAAUGGAGCAUUGUUGAGGACCUUAUGGUUCAUGUUUCUGUGGUCCCGGAGGCCCCGAAGGACAUCAGAAAACAACCAGCCUGAUUCUAUGACUGACAAUCAGAAAGCAGAUGAGGCCUAAUAAGAUGGUUAAAUCCUUGUUGAACACUUCUUUUGGCAACUUUCACUGCACGGGGUGAUGAUGAACACUGGAUUGCCGAAUUGUAAUCAGUGAACUUCUUAGAAGAGAUUCAUUUUUCAAUCUUCAAGAACCAUAGCCUCAAAAGUGAUUGUGCUUGGGAAGCCUUUUCUGGAUCUAGGUGGCGACGAACAGCCCCUGAACACCAACAUUUUGCUGAUGAGCUAGAAGUAUGAGUUGUCUUGAUAUGCUCCAUUCUAGUACCUUUUUGCAUUUCACACAUCUUGUUUACAAUGUAGUAUCUCAAUCAGUUAAACUAUAUAUAACCCGUUGUUGUACUGAGAAAGGAACAUGUUUCAUUUCA